AUGGCUGUCAUCGCUGAAACUUCUUCGGACGACGGAGGCUCUAAUGGCGGCGAUCAAAACAAGAAACCUAAAGAAGUCGAGAAGAAACCGAAAGAAGAAGAGAAUCGAAACAAGAAACUCAAAGAAAAGUUGUCGUUUUCUCUACCAAUCCCAGACGAUCUAACCCUAAGUUGCUUCGCACUCGUUCCAAGAUGUCACUACCAAGCACUAUCCCUCGUCUCAAGUAACUUCAGAGAUAUAAUCUGGUCGCGGGAUCUCUACGUCAAGCGCUCGGACCUCGGCCGUACCGAAAGCGUUCUUUAUGCGUACAUCAGAUUAUUUCCAUUAGAGAAGCCUAGUUGGUACAUUCUGCAUCGUGAGCCCUAUCGAAACUUGCGUAACACGGUUCCUUCAAGAUUGACUCUAAUCGAUUCACUCCCUCCCAUGCCUUUGGGAGCUGCUGUCGUCACAAUCGGAUCUGAUAUCUACGUAAUCGGUGGACAAAUCUGUGGAAGACCCUCAGCAGCUAUGACUCUCAUGGAUUGCAAAUCUCACAAGUAUCGCUUGCUCCCGAGUAUGCGAAUGUCUCGCUUCCGCGCAGGUGCCGGAGUGGUUGACGGAAAGAUUUAUGUAAUCGGAGGUUGUAUGGUUCAACUGUUUUAUUGGGUGGAAGUGUUCGAUAUAAAGAAACAGACUUGGAGUGGAUUAGGGUUUCCGCUCUUACCUAAAGUGGAGACAGAGUACUUGACAUAUGAGGUGAUGGGAAAGAAGAUUUACCUUAGGGGUAAAAUCUCGGCUUAUGUUUUCGAUCCAGAAACAUUGGUGUUGGAUCAUGCAUUGCUACUGGGAAUACACUUUCCUACUGCGUGGCAUGAGUCUUCUUGUGUGAUAGAUGAUAUGUUGUUUUGCAUGAACCCACAAUUGCUUUUGCGUAAGUAUGGUCUGUUGGGAAGUCAACAAGGUCUAGUUGGUUUAGAAGGUUUACCAGAUCAUCCAAUACUCGUAUAUUAUCCGAAGCGGUACGUGAACAGAAUGAGGUACUUGAAGGGUUUACAAGGUUUUCCUGCAAACAUGUAUCUCAAAGAGUGUAAAUUGGCGAAUUUUGGUGGAAACUUGGUGGUUUUGGGUACUAAUCAGAGUCGGUUUAACAAGUGUAAAGGGAAAAAAGAGGUUUGGUGCGUAGAGAUCUCUUUAGAAAGACGGGGAAUCGAUGAUAUUUGGGGCAAGGUUGUUGAUUGGAGCAAGGUUGAAUCAGUUGCGGUUGUGCUUACGCAGUUUAAUUGCUCGCCUUCCAUUGAGCUUUGUCGAACUGUUACUUUUGUCUCUCUAGCUUCAAGGCUUAGUUAG